UCAAGGUUGAGAGCGAACUGAACGAACCAAAACGCGUGGUCCCAACGGGACUAGAUAUCCCACAUCGGCUGGUUAGAGAGAAUUAAUAAAGUUUGUAUACGCGAAGCAGAGAACACUAGCUCGUCCCUUCGGGGACAUCCGAUAAAAUUGGAACGAUACAGAGAAGAUUAGCAUGGCCCCUGCGCAAGGAUGACACGCACAAAUCGAGAAAUGGUCCAAAUUUUUUUGUGUUUUUUUUUCAGUCUCUGCUCUUCUGCUUGCUUGCUUCAAUGGCUCCCUUUCUCAUCUGGGUUCUUUAGAAGCUAAGUUUAUGUGGAAAAAUCACUUAUUGUGUUAGCAGCACCAUUGAUCUCUCAGGGUGAACAUAUAGUAGAAAACCUUAGUUGAAACAAGGAAACAACUCACUGUGUUUGCAGCCUUUUAGUAUCUUGAUUAAGUUGCAAAUUAGUCGGUGUAUUCUUGCAAAUCAUAGCAGUAUUCUUCAUUCGACUGUUUCUAAUCUCAUAUUUUGCUGAAGCACACAUAUUGUCAUGUUAUUCUAUGUUCAGUGGCGGCGAGGAUGCUCACUGUCUUUGAAGACCCUACAACAUGUAGAGAGAAGAUAUUAAAAUGUAUCAGAGUGGAAUUCUUGACAUUUUUCGAGUUUUCUUCAUUCUAAGGAUAAAAUAGAACCCCAGAUUGAAGUUUUGGCCUCAAUCAAGAUGAAGAUUGGAAAAUGGCACCAUCCUCAGUUUUGUCUCUGUGUAUAUAUUUUGUUGAAGCUAAUGAAACUGAUAGGGUUUGUGAAAGUAGUCUUUUCACAAUGUGGUAGGAAGGGAGACCUUUCCAUUGCAUCUACCUCUGCCUCCCUCGAAUUCAAAACUUUCCUCUGAAGGGAGACAUAUCUUGACUACUUUCAAACUGCAGAUUGGUUCUCUUGCGGUUCAAUUCCAGAAGCUUAGGAUGUGCUCGGCUAAAGAUACUCUAAAGGGGAGAGGAAUCUGUGUACCAAUUGCAUGUUCUUGAAUUUCAGCGAUCGUGGAUGAUAAUUGGGUGUCUCUACAGCAAAAUACAAGAUGCAGAUUUUGAAAGUUCCAUAGAGCACUCAGACUUGGGAUGAUGUGAAAAUCGGCUCUGACUAUUUGCUUAAUUUCAUGAAUGUGAUUCCUCCCAUAGCUUAGUAGUCAAUUAAACCAGGCCAACUCAAACCACACAGAAGGCAGUCAAGCAUCUGUGUCAUGUAUUGUUUGCAUAUCAUACAUAUAUCCCUCGUGAGGUGCUUUAAUUAGCUCAAAUCGGUGAGAUACUUCCAACGGCUAGAACACAAGGGAACACUACACAUGAGCAGCCACUAGGCCUAACCCCAGCUAGCGGUGGACCUCACGUGAAGGUCAUCACAGACACCCUGAUAUAGCCAAGCUACACGCUCAGCAACCUAGCAUGAUAGAUAUCAUCAGUAACACCCAGUCUCACACUCAUACUAACCAGUUAUGGAAGCAUUGUGGAAUUUGGAGGACGAAUGGAAGCUGACAACCCAAGAAGCAGUUCUCUUAUUUGUUUGCACAGCCCUUGCAGUCAUUGCGCUUUGCGCUGCAAUCAUGCUUAAGAGGAAGGCCCAAACAAAGCAAAGAUCAGUGAACCAAGACCCAAGCACAGGUAGCUCAAAACGGUGGUCUGAGCCCGAGCCUGGCUCUAACAAUUGGAUCACAAUAAGGAGGGUGUUGAUGGAGUCAAUGAGGUGGAGUGGAGCAAGCAAAUGGGAUGAGGGAAGUAGUGGGAGUGGCAGUGGGAUGCUGCUGCCACCACCGGUUCUUGGGUUAGGAAGGUGCGAGUCAAGUAUGGGGUGGCAAAGCCCUGACUCUUUGUCAGCAGUGUGGCAAAGGCCUAUACUAAUGGGAGAGAAAUGUGAGCUUCCAAGGUAUAGUGGUCUUAUUCUCUAUGAUGAAAGAGGGCGGCUGCUUGAUCAUUCUCUCACAUCUUCUCGUAAAGAAAAUAUUCACGAGGAAAAACCAGCAGCUGUUCUGAGAACUACUCUGAAGGAUUUGCUAUUGCCGUAGUAUUUAGGUGAUGUUGAUGCUUGUAACCAUGACAAGAGAGUGAUAUCAUGUGGGGGAUUUCCAAUUGAAGAAUUGUUUUCCAGAUUUAUUCUGCAACAAGAACCCUCAUACAAUGCUGUGCAGUUACAUUA